UAAGACAUUAAUAGUAUCGCUUUCGUGGGCAUUUAGAAAUUGCCGGUUAUGAGAGAAAUGUUAGGGUUUCAUUUUGGUUGAGAAGAAAAUCUGAAAUCGUAGAUCAGCCUCUGUGCUACCAACAUCACCAUGAAAUGCCCACUCCCAAUCUUGAAACAGAUGGCUUUUUCAAGGCUGGAAAAACAGAGGAAGCUUAUAAUGUGUUUGUACAAAUGAUAGAGUUUCGUCCUUUUCCCAAUCAAGUGACAUUCAAUGCAGUUAUUAAUGGGUUAAGCAAAGAUGGCAAGAUUGACAAGGCGUGGGAUUGUUUUCAAAUCAUGUCGAGAAAGGGUUUACAACCAAAUGUUGUUACAUACAAUUCUGUGAUUGCUGUAUUCUCUAGAACAGGACACAUGGGCAUGGCAUUUCAAAUGUUAGAAAAAAUGACAAGAAAGGGUUUGAAACCUAAUGAUGUGACAUGCAACACAAUCAUUGAUGGUUUGUGUAAAGCAGGUGAUCUCGCUAGCGCACAUCUCCUAAUGAAUAAGAUACUUGAUGAAGGCAAGGUUCCUGAUGUAAUGGCUUACAGCUCUCUGAUUAAUGGUCACUGUAAAAUUGGCCAAAUGGGUGAGGCUUUAAAGCUUUUUAAAAGCAUGGAAAUGGUUGGCAUUGCUCCAGAUGUUGUAACCUAUACCACGCUAAUUGCCACGUUAUGCAAAGAAGACAAACUUGAUGCUGCUUUAUCAAUGUUAGAUGAAAUGAGAGCAAAAGGUUUGGUUCCAAAUGAGGUCACAUACAGCACAUUAUUUAGGGGUGCUAGCAAGAGAUGUGACUGGGAAAAAACUUUUUUUUUAAUGAAUCAAAUGCAAAAGCAAGGCUGUGCUCCAAGUGAUAAGACUGUUAAGAUACUCUUCUGCUGGCUGAUUGAUGUUGGUCAAAUAGAAAAAUUAAAAGACUGUUUCUAAGCGAUCAUAGUUCUGAUACCUUGAGAGUGACAGGUUGUUGAAGUCAUUCCUGUAUAUUUCUUUUCUAAUUGUGUGAAGUUGCGUUCUCAAUUUGAGGAUCUUUCUACAAUAGAUAUGCUAUAACUUAUUUUC